CGUCUUUUAUUUUCUGUAAACAAUCCGAAUGAUCGAUAUUUUUUUUUUUUACUAUUUUUGUUUAUUUUAGAAUGAUUUUAUUGAAUUAAUUUAAACUUAAUUGUUAAUUGCAAUGGACGAAAGUAAUCUAUGCUGCGGUUGUCUCUCGGAGGAGAGAAAAAUUAAUAAGAUCGAGGAUUUUUGUAAAAAGCAAUGUUUCAUAAAAAUUAUAAAUGAAAUACCGAUGUCUCAGCCGAUCAACUCAGCUGUCUGGCUGUGUUGGGAGUGUGAAACAUUACUCAGCCAGUUUAUCAAGUUCAAACAGCAAGUGCAACAUGCAUAUAAAAUGUUACUUGACUGUGCAAAAGAGAGGAUUAACCCAUCUCAACAUAAAACAAAUGAGAUUAAGUCAAAUGUUAGUGUCCCCAAAGCUGAUAAUAACCAUUUUUUACCUGAACCCAAUGACACAACCAUAGACAAUGAAAAUAUAGAGAAUACAUGUGAUAUUAAGGAGGAAUUGUGUGACUACGAUGAUUUAGACAAUAAUGAUGAUAAAAUAGAACAUAAGAGUAAAAAGAACAAAAAAGUAGGCAGGAAGAAGAGGAAAGAUGUAUCGGAGAUGUACAAAGAAGUUAAGCUGACAUUGAAGCAGUUGGAGGAAGAAAGGAGACUGUUGGUUUUAAAAGAAGACUAUCUGAAUGCUAUGUUCAAGUGUGAAAAAUGUAUAAUGGCAUUUCCAAAUAUGGACGAUUUAAAAGACCAUAUAUAUUUAAAACAUGAAUUGAAUGCGUCCAAAUACAACUGCGACAUCUGUGGCUGCACGUUCGCAACCGAGGUGGCGUACAACUACCACGCGGGGAGACAUCUGCACAGGUACAAGUGCAAGGAAUGCGGGGAGAUGUUUGUAUGCAAGCGGGCGGUGCUCAAACAUCACGAGAAGACGCAUAGUCAGGGGUACAGGAUCGAUUUCCGAUAUGACUAUCAUGGAGAGAAACAAAAUGGACAGCUGGACCAAACGGAGGAGUGCAGUGAUAAAAGUACAACCCUCGCUACAACAAAGUUCCCGUGCGACUAUUGCGAGAAAACCUUCAGGUGGAAGACGUCGUUGCGCAAACAUAUAGAGAGGCACUCGAUAGAAAUGGGACAGAAGAGGAAGCCUUAUUGUGAAGCGUGCAGAUUAACCUUCAUGACUACGUCUAACCUCCAGAAACAUGUUAGGACCAGUUCCAAACACCAAGUGCAGUUGAAGUUAAGGAAACUGAAUGACUCGCUCACAGAAGAUUCAGUGACACCAGAGAAGCAGCAAGCGCACAUAGAACAGAUCAAGACGUUGGUGAACAAGUCCAAACAGAAGUACUCGUGCACGCAAUGCGACAAGAGCUUCCAGUGGCGAGGAAAUUUACUGAGACACCUGCAGAGUCACACUGCCAAGGCGAACGGUGAUCUAAUAUGCGCACCAUGCAACAGAACGUUCUCGUCGAUCGCUACGUAUAAACAACAUAUGACGAUAAGCAAGAAGCAUAUCACCGAAGACGAAUUCAAAUAUAUGUGCAGCGACUGCGGCCAAAAGUUCGCCAACAAAACCCAACUAAGAGACCACAUAAACUGGGAACAUCUGAAGAACUAUGUGCAUAAGUGUCCGCUCUGUCAGAAGGUGUUCAAGACGCACACAUCGCUCUAUUGCCACAACCAAGUGGUGCAUCAGAAGGGGCACGCGGAACUGCUGUGCGACCACUGCGGGAAACACUUCGCGAACAACGCGAAGCUCCGCACCCACAUAACGGCCAUACACAGCCAGCAGUCGCCGUACCGGUGCGGCUCGUGCUCGGCGCGUUUUAAGUGGCACUCGUGCCUCUCGCGCCACCUGAAGCGGAUACACGGCCCUCACGCCGCCCGCAGGCGGCGGCCACGCAACCAAGACGAUGCUGGCAAUGAAGACCCUCAGCUUGUACCAGAUGCUGUCCUAAGUUGAUAAACGCUCAAGAACCUCACCAUCAUCAUCUUCCUGCCCUUAUCCCAAUUAUUUGGGGUCAAUAUAAUAUUUUUUUUAUACAACUUAGAAUGGCAAACAAGCUGACGGCCCAUCUGUUGGAAAGUGGUAACCGUCGCAGUACCAUGGACAUAACAGAAUAUACUGUUUCGCCCAUGAUACCCCCCAUGCGUUGCCAUUCCUGAGGACUCAGGUGUUAUUCAUCUGUACCCUGUAAAUUCACGCCAUAUCCCACCCUUCAAACCGAAACACAGCCAUGCAAACACAACUGCUUCACGGUAGAAACACGAAUGGGACAGAGGUACCCAAGCAAUCGACUUUUGUACAAAGUCUCCCUCUGGUACUAUAGUAGAAAUUGUAUUGUACGAAAAUGUAUUUAAUUUAUGUAUUUUACUAUAAAAUUGUAAAUAAAUGACAAAUCGUGUGUA